AUGGCCUUUCAAAGUUUACUUGGCAAAGAAAAGACUAUUGGAAAUAGCAUUAUACGACCGCUUGUGGAAAUUGCUUUGGGCUGUACACUAGCUUAUGUCGUAGGCAAGUGGGUCUAUGAGCUGGCAGAUCCGACUCAAAGAGCUAAGCGAGAAGCAAAGGAAAUGGCCAAAAAUAUUUUAAAGAAUAUAGGACUGGAUAGCUCUAACAUAAAGCUAAGCGACUAUGAAAUGAGCAUCGCUUCCCAUUUAGUCGAUCCUAAAUCUGUUAAUGUUUCGUGGGAAGAUAUUGGCGGCUUGGAUGAUGUUAUCAAUGAAAUUCUGGAGACCGUUGUGUUACCUUUCCGUAGGCAAGAUUUAUUUGUCGGUUCCAAUUUGUUGAAACCACCUAGAGGUGUUUUGUUGUAUGGUAAUCCAGGAUGUGGGAAAACGAUGAUUGCUAAAGCAACUGCUAGAGCAGCUGGUUGCCAUUUCAUUAAUUUACAAAUAUCUACUUUAACUGAUAAAUGGUAUGGAGAAUCUCAAAAGUUGGCUGCUGCCGUAUUCAGUUUGGCAUAUAAACUACAGCCUGUAAUAAUUUUCGUUGAUGAAAUCGAUUCUUUCUUGCGCGCUCGUUCUUCCAAUGAUCAUGAAGCUACGGCUAUGAUGAAAGCUCAGUUUAUGAGCUUAUGGGAUGGUUUAUGUUCAGAUGAGUCCGCAAACAUUAUGAUUUUGGGUGCCACCAACCGUUUAGCUGAUGUAGAUGCUGCAAUCUUACGUCGGAUGCCUGCUCGCUUUCAUAUUCCUUUACCAGAUUUGGCAUGUCGUCGGCAAAUAAUUGGUAAAAUCUUGAAAGAUGAGAAGUUGGCAGAUGAUGUAGUUUUGGAUAAUAUAGCUCAAUGUAGUGAAGGGUUGAGUGGAAGUGACUUACGUGAAGUAUGUCGGUAUGCUGCUGCUUGUCGCGUUAGAGAUUACGUAAAUCAGCAGGAGAAUAAUCAAAGUGACAAUAUCUUGCAAAGAACAAAAUAUUAA